AUGCAAGUACCCAUUGAUAUCGAAGAAGGAGAAGCGGGCAUUGAAGGCAGUGGACACCUUGGGCAAGUUCUAGGUGCCGUUGAGCAUGGUGGAGAUGGUUUGGGCGAGCUACCCUUUGCCCAUGGUGGAGGUGAGUUGGGCGAGCUGCCCUUUGUUGGUGGAGGUGGUUUGGGCAAGCUAGCCUUUGCUCACCGUGGAGGUGAUUUAGGCGAGCAGACCACAAGGGGCCAGGCAUGUAGCUUUGACUACGUUGUCCACUCGAUGAGUAAAAUGGGCGAGCAGGGACAUGCGAAGCACAGCUUGGCGCAAGCAACCUGGGCGCUCGAACUGCCUGGGCACGCGGACAGCUGGGGCGUGCAGCCUGGGUGCAUGGCUGGGGCACACGAAGAGGAGGCGCAGGGCGAGCAUGCCUUGGGCGUCCCCCUUUGGCUGCUAAUUUUAGGAGUUCAAGCAAGAAGCCUGCUCGUGUUGGGGGCGCGGUGGUCUGGCGUGAUGAGGGUCAAACAUCUCAGGUUGCUGAGUGGAGAGGAGAUGG